ACGGCUAUGCUGAGUCCAAAGAUCAAGCAGACCAGGAGAGCCAGGUCAAAGAGCAUGGUGAUGGGUGAGGUGAUCCAUGGUUCGGGUGGUUCUACAUCUCCAGGCCUCCAUGAGGGAGUACUGAAAGCAGGCUGGCUCAAGAAACAGAGAAGCAUCAUGAAGAACUGGCAGCUGCGUUGGUUUGUGCUGCGCUCUGAUUAUCUCUAUUUCUACAAGGAUGAGGAAGAAACAAAGCCUCAGGGUUGCAUUUCACUCAAGGGAAGCCAAGUGAAUGAGCUUACAGCUAAUCCUGAGGAAGCAGGCCGAUAUCUGUUUGAGAUUGUCCCGGGUGUAGCUGGUGAAAAAGACAAGACUUCUGUGAGCCAUGAGACCUUUUUGCUCAUGGCCAAUUCCCAGAAUGAUAUGGACGACUGGGUGAAGGCAAUCAGACGAGUUAUAUGGGCUCCUUUAGGAGGAGGCAUCUUUGGACAAGGCUUGGAGGACACAGUUCAGUAUGAAAAGAAAUUUGGUGUUCGACUUGCCCCACUUUUAGUCGAGCAAUGUGUGAAUUUUAUUCGGGAGCAAGGACUCAAUGAGGAGGGUCUCUUCAGGAUGCCAGGCCAGGCCAACCUGGUCAAAGAGCUUCAGGAUGCUUUUGACUGUGGAGAGAAACCUCAGUUUGACAGUAACACUGAUGUCCACACUGUGGCUUCCCUGCUGAAGCUGUACCUCAGAGAGCUGCCUGAGCCAGUCAUCCCCUUCUGCAAGUAUGAGGAUUUUCUUACUUGUGCUCAGCUUCUUGUCAAAGAUGAAGAGGAGGGACUCCAAGAAUUAGGGCAGCAAGUGAAAACUCUUCCCUCUGCAAACUACAACCUCCUGAAAUAUAUUUGCAAGUUCCUUGAUGAAGUGCAGUCACACUCUGGUGAGAACAAAAUGAGUGUACAGAACUUGGCCACUGUGUUUGGACCAAACAUUCUUCGUCCUAAAAUGGAAGACCCAGUAGCUAUCAUGGAAGGAACCUCCCUGGUCCAGCAUCUCAUGACUGCACUCAUCAGCAAGCAUGAUCAGUUGUAUCCCAAUCAGGAGUUUGAAGCACCUGAAGUCUCCAUGGAUGUGAGAUCUCAGUGCCAGCACCACCAGCAGUCCAACCUUGUUGGCUGGAUCUCUGAGGAAGAUCUCCAAAGCCUGACACCUCCUGGGAAGAACCUCAACACUAGUGACAACCCUAGCAGCAGCAGCGCCUCAUCCCUGGAUGGUAUCCCAGCAGGCCCAUCUCCUAAAUCAGUCUCUCAAGGAAAAGCUGAGACAGCCAUCAGUCCAAGCAAGCAAGCCAAAACUUUACCUUCCUGGAAAUAUACUUUCAAAGGUUCUUCACCACGACCACAACCUGCAAAAAAUGCCAAUCCAUCAGCAGAUGUGACCAAUGUCUCCAGUGGAAACUGGCUUAUGAAUGGACUCUCGUCAUUGAGAGGGCACCGUCGUACUUCUACAGGUGAACGUGCAAAGGAUUCUGGGUCAUCACAAAGAUUAUCAACCUAUGAUAAUGUCACAAUGUCAAUGUCAAGCCCUGGGAGUGUUCCCAGUGUAGACAGCACUCAAUGGUCCAACUUAUCUUGCGAGAUCUCAGUGUCAGGGAGUGACAACUUAGAGGGAGACACUAGGACAGAAUCAGAUGAAAAUUCUGUAGAUCCAGAACAGACUGUGGAUGAAGUAAACUACAUGGAGCAAGAGGAUGCUAGUGGCAAUAUGGUGUCAACCUGCAGCAGUGACACCAAUAUACACAGCAUAGUGCCAGUCAUCACAAUCAUGGCCGAGGACACAGAUGAAAGCUCCUCACCACUAGUCAGCAUGGUAGCAGCACUUAAAGAGGAACUGAAGAGUCAGAAACUGGUUUAUGAAACCAGAAUCAACAAGCUGGAAGAGUCAAGUGCUCUACUCCAUGCCCAGAUGGAAAGAUUAGAGCAUGACAUGGAACAAGAAAGAACGAAACAAAGAAUGCUGGAAAUCAAACUGAGGAACUCUGAAAGGGCUCGGGAGGAUGCCGAAAACCGUAAUCGGCUCCUGGAAAAAGAAAUGGAGGACUUCUUUUCUACACUCGGAGAUCUGGCCCUUGGAACUAGAACAAGUGACAUCUAGUUUCUGUGUGUUUAGGACAUGAUAGGAAUCAUCCACAAACAAGUCUGUGGUAACUGUGGGCAGUACUGCCUCUGCAUUUCCUCAGGUCUCUCGAGAAGUGCGUGGACAGAAAUCCCAUGUUUAUUCCAUGACUAUUUCUCUAACCUCAUGUUCCUUGAUUGUCUUGACCAGGACCUAAAGGAUGAUAGAAUAUGUCAGGAUGGACACAAGACCUUACUCCCCAAGGUCUACAACAUAUCACUGUGGAUGUUAAGGUAGCCAGUUCCUACCAGUAAUGUUAGGCUAUUUAGCCAGUUGUUUACACUUACAGCUCUUUUGUCUGGCUCUUAAUCCCAGUAAAGAAAAAGAUUUUCAACUAAUGAAAAAUUUAAAGACCAUUCAUAACCAAAGUCUAUAAAUUGCUGGUAUUAUGUGGUUUGGGAACAAAGUGUGACCACUGCCCUGGAAGAAAAAAGUAAGAAAUAUAACGACUGUGCCUUUGUAGAGGUUUGGUGUUGGAAAACUAUCAACUGGUUUGCUUGACUCAAACAGUUACCAGUUUUGGAAUUCCAUCCAUCCAUCCAUUAUUUGUAGCCGCUUAUCCUGUACAGGGUCGCAGGCAAGCUGGAGCCUAUCCCAGCUGACUAUUGGUGAGAGGCGGGGUACACCCUGGACAAGUCACCAGGUCAUCACAGGGCUAACACAUAGACACAGACAACCAUUCACACUCAGAGCCACCAAUUAGCCUAACCUGCAUGCCUUUGGACUGUGGGGGAAACCGGAGCACCUGGAGGAAACCCACACAGACAUGGGAAGAGCAUGCAAACUCCACACAGAAAGGCCCUCAUUGGCCACUGGGCUCGAACACGGACCUUCUUGAUGUGAGGUGACAGUGCUAACCACUACACCACCAUGCUGCCCAGUUUUGGAAUUAAUAUUUGAAAAAAAAUUCAUGUGGUGUAUUAUAUGAAAAUGAAAGGACUUGUGAGAUUGAAAGUCAAUGUUAUGAAAAGACACAAUUACAAAACACAACAUACAUGGGAAAUGGUUAUUCUUAGAUUUUAUGAGAUUUAAGAAAGUGUUUAGAGGUUAAUAUAAUGUUAUAAGAAUGUGUUCAUGGUGUUGAGUUUAUUCUAUAGUGUACAAAAUCAUUACAAGGAUGUGCUGUGUACAUUUCAUUUUGGAGGUGUCCAAAUCAGGCACUGAAGUAAUGAUAUUUUAGUAAUAACACCUAUGAAAAUUGUUACAUCUCUUUUUGUUAUACUUGAUAAAGGAGCAGUCAUUGUUUAUAAAUCUGUAUUCCAACUGGAAAUACAGUAUGACACAUGGCUCUAUUUGCAAUGGACAUUUUUUUUUUUUUUUAAUUUCCACCCAGUAUUCCUAAUACACUUCUCAUAUCUGUUGAUUUAAUUCACCAAAUCACAGACGGUUCCGCUGGGUGUGGUAGCUUCUCAUGCUAAAAUUUAUUUAUGGAUAUAGUUCAAAAGUUUUUUUUCCCCCCCUUUUAAUAAAUGUCAAGCAUAGUAUGAUGUCAUACACAGUCCAUCUCAACAUGCUAUUCAUAUUUUUGAAUCACUGAUCAGUUAAA